AAGAAAAAAAACAAGAGGGUGCAAAUUGAAAACAAUCAAAGAGUAAGAAACCCUUGCUACUUUCAAGGCACAAAUUUUGAUUACAUGAACAUGGCAAGUUUCGCGGGAAACAUUGGCUUCAAAAUCUCGUGUCAUCUUCUACCUCGCGUUUUUUCAAUUCCACGGAACAUUUGGAAGUUUCAGAUUGCUUGCUUGAAGAGUAGAGACUUUAGUUCUUCUUCUGUUACUGUUAGGUACAUUCCUAUAACAUCAUGCAGGGUGAAGAUUCCUCAUUUGGAAUAUUGUAGCUUUGCUGAUGGCAGUGUAAUCAAGAUAAAUGAUGGUAAAAUUGGGCAUGCAACAAUUGCACAUUGUGAAACUUCUCAAAAUCCAGAUGAAGUUCAUACUGACUUACUAUUUCAUGACAUUGAAGAAGGUUCCGAACAAAUGGAGGAGGUUGGAGAACUGACAGUCCCUCAGACAGAAGACUCUGGUGAGCAGGAUUUUAUACGACUUGACAAAUCUACCAAUGACGUUGAACAAUCAGCUGUCAAAUUACUUGCAUCUAGGGCACUCACGGCAGUUGAAUUGAGAAAGAAAUUGCUUAGCAAGAGAUUCUCUCCUAAUGCAGUGGAGGCAGUGAUAAACAAGCUCCAGAGACAAGGGUUCAUCAAUGAUAAGUUGUAUGCUGAAUCGUUUUCUCAAUCUAAAUGGUCUUCGUCUACUUGGGGUCCAAGACGGAUCAAACAAGCACUGUUCAAGAAGGGAGUUAGUCAACCUGAUGCUGAAAAUGCAGUUGAAGUAGUUUUUAAGGACAAGAAUGAUGGUGCUGAAGAAGAAAAAUCAAUUAUUAACUUGUCAAAGAAAUCCAUGGAUCAUCUUUAUGUUCAGGCCUCAAAGCAGUGGUUCAAAGGUGAAAAUGUUCCAAAGGAAACAAGAAAGUCAAGGAUUAUUCGAUGGCUUCAGUAUCGUGGUUUUGACUGGAAUGUCAUUAGCAUCAUAGUCAAUAAACUAGACAGACAUGAGCACAAUCCUCCAUAGAUUGAGACAUCCAAAAUUCAUACCAAUCUGGAAAUCCAUUUGGUAGGGUCCAUGUCUGAUGAAUUGUAGAUUUAUAGUGUGUAAUAUGGUAGGGUUGUCCAUUGUCUCAUAAUGCUAUGACAAAAGUUGGAGACAUGUCUGUUCUUAGGACUCUUACAUAAUAUGAUUUUUUUUGAAAAGUUGGAGACA